GUUAUCUCUCGGUGGCCGAUCUUCUGGAUUAUGAAACAAUGAAAGAGUACGUGCUGAUUGUGAGAGCAAGUGACAUCUUUACAGGAAGUUAUGCUGAGGCGACCAUUAAUGUAACUGUAGAGGAUGUCAAUGACAACCCGCCAGUAUUCAGCAGCAAUGUCUACACCCAGUCACUGUCAGAGUCUUCCCUGGUUGGCACACAGAUCCUUCAGGUCAGCACCACUGAUGCUGAUAGUGGUGCCAAUGCCCUGGUGCACUAUGACCUUUCUCCAUUGACCCCUGACAAGAUAACUCUCAGGAAGGAAUUAGAUCAUGAGAGACAGAAAGAGUUCCGGUUCUUGGUUGUAGCAAGGGAUGGUGGGAUACCAAUGUUGAAUUCUACUGCACAAGUUGUCAUCAAGGUGUCAGACGUGAAUGAUAACCCACCGACCUUCAGCAUGCCAUCAUACAGCUGCUUUAUCAGUGACUCCGCCACCCAAGGUCAGCUAGUGACCAAAGUCAUGGCCUUUGAUCCAGAUGAAACAGAUGCUGGCAACUUGUUCUACAGCAUUAUGGAAGGAAAUGAGAAACUGACAUUUAGUAUGGAUCCAGAAUCAGGUGUUAUCUCUUUGUCCGUGCAGCGAAAACCUGCUUUGAGUGCCGCCUACACCCUUGUUGUUUCCGUUAGUGAUGGUGUGUAUGCCAGUUUUGCCAGGGUAUCUGUGGAUGUUCGCAGCACCAACCACCACACUCCCGUGUUUGGCAAGGUUGUCUACAGUGCUGGUGUAUCUGAGCUCCAGUCAGUUGGAACUACGGUUGUCACAGCCACAGCUGUGGAUGAAGAUAGAGGGAACUACGGUAUGGUGGCUUACUCUAUAGUCAGUGAUGAGACGGCCAAGUUGUUCAGCAUUGAUGCUGAUACAGGAGAGAUAUCACUGAAGCAAGCACUGGACAGAGAAGCACACAGCACAUAUAACUUCACUAUUGUGGCCGCAGACAAUGGCGGGAAAAUGGGUUUUGCAAAAGUGGCAGUCAGGGUGCUGGAUGAAAAUGACAACAUUCCCCAGUUUCUGAUGGAAGAGUAUCGAGCUAAUGUUGCUAGCAAUGCGUCUUUCGGGACAUCGAUAAUCAGGAUCAAGGCAGAAGACUUGGACGAAGGCAACAAUGCCAGAAUUCUGUACACCCUGCAGCCUGGCAAGGAUCCCAUGGUCGACAGGCUGUUUGAUGUGGAUGCCAUUUCUGGGAUGAUCACUACUAAGGCAUCAUUAACAAAUGCUGAGAAUAAAGUAUACCAGUUUUUUGUGCAAGCACAAGACCAAGGCAGCCCAGCUCUGGAGAACCAUGUCCCUGUAGAGAUCCUCGUCACAGGCAACGCUGACUCUCCUCCCAAGUUUGCAGAUUCUAACAGACUCUUCUUUGUGGAUGAAGAUGAACAGGUUGGGACUAUCAUUGCAACCGUGAAGGCCAGAAGUGCAACUCCUGUGAAGUACUCCAUUAUUCCUGGCUUUACACACAGCACCAAUCGACCUGUGGUGUUCAGCAUUGAUGAGAUCGGUCAGCUGCGUCUGAUGAGACAGUUGGAUAGGGAAGUAACUCCUGCAUACACUCUGUUUGUUAGGGCAGAGACUAAAACAUCACCUCCUUUGAUGGACUAUUUGGAAAUCAACAUUCAGGUGAGAGAUGUCAAUGACAACACACCUGUAUUCACAUGCUCACCAUACCUAGCUACUUUACCAGAGAGCACUAAGGUACAGCAUUCUAUCAUUCAGCUGCAAGCUUCUGACCGUGACCUGGAGGUGAAGCCACUCACAUACUCCUUUGGUCCGGGGAUGACCGCCAUGGCUAGCAAGUUUGCCAUCGACCCUGAGUCAGGUUGGAUAGUUUUACUGACACAGCUUGACCGGGAGCAGCAAGAAGUUUACAACUUGUCCGUUGUGGUGUCAGACACCCCAAGAAGUGCUUCUCGGAAAUUUGGCAGCGAGCUUCCUCAGACUGCCACCACCUAUGUCGUCAUUACUGUCACUGACACCAAUGACAGUCCACCACGGUUUGACCAUGACACAUUUUCGGCAGCUGUCAAUGAGGGCGCACCAGCAACAACUGUUUUAAUGAGACUGAUGACUAAAGACCCUGAUGUAGGGUUAAAUUCUCAAGUCACCUACUACAUUACUGACGGAGACAAGCUGGGGCAGUUUGUGGUACAUGGUCUAGGAGAACUGAGAGUCAACAAGGCCCUGGACAGGGAAUCCAUCAGCAGGUACAGUCUGACUGUAGCUGCCACAGAUGGAGCAUUUGUUGCCUACACAGUCGUCAAUGUUGCUAUCAUAGACGAUAAUGACAAUGCUCCAGUGUGCACACAGUCAUUCUACAAACUGGAACUCAAUGAAGAUAUUGUCAAGGGUUCUCAAGUUGUCUUAAUCCAAGCCACAGAUGCUGAUGAAAGCGAAACAAAGACAGGAGUUGAUCAUUUUGUUAUUGAUAAAGACUCAGGUCUGAUCCGAACUGCCAAACUGCUGGACCGGGAGACCAAGGCUCAGUUCACCCUGACAGCAACAGCAACAGAUGAAGGUGGCCUCAGCUGCACCAGUGCAGUUGUAGUGUCUCUGAAGGAUGUCAACGACAACCCUCCAAGGUUUGCUGCAGGCAGCCUGCGGGACUCGUACAGCAUCCGGGAAGAUGCACAGAUCCAUACGCUUCUCACUCGAGUGGUGGCACAUGAUGCUGAUACAGGAAUCAACAGUCACAUCAACUAUCGCCUCUCCCACAAUUCCAGCAGUGUUUUCAGCCUUGACCCUGAGAGUGGCAUCAUUAGUAUAGUUGCCAGUUUAGACAGAGAGAAAUCACCAAGCUACACUCUUACUGUUAUUGCAUAUAAUCCAAUCACCCCAGAGCUGUCUACAGAGGUCACCAUAGCUGUGCUAGUGUUGGAUGUCAAUGACAACCCGCCAGAGUUCCAGCACUCCAGCUACACGGCCACACUUCAAGAAUCAGCCCAGGUGGGUGCUGUAGUGAGACAGGUCAAGGCCACCAGCUUGGACAUUGGAGUGAAUGCUGACAUUACCUACUCACUUAUUGCUGGAAAUGAGCAAGGCAAAUUUGUGAUGGAUUCUCAAACAGGUAAAUUAACCGUGGCAGAGCCACUUGACCAUGAACUUGCGAGAGAGUAUUUCCUCACAGUGUUAGCCACAGACCGUGGCACGCCACCGUUGACCAAUACGGCUGUCAUCAGUAUCAAUGUGACAGAUGUCAACGAUAACCCUCCACGCUUUAGCCAGGAUGCCUACACCAUCCAUGUCAGUGAAGAUGUUGAAGCGGGAACUGAAAUAUUUAAGGUGUUGGCCACUGACAGUGAUAGUCCACCAAAUGCCAAGAUCACAUACAGUAUUAUGGAUGGAAAUGCCAACAACCAGUUUGUCAUUGACCCUCAAGAUGGCAUUCUGCAAAUCAAUUCUCCUUUGGACAGAGAAACUAUCAGCAGCUAUUCCCUAAUCAUCCAAGCCCAUGAUUCUGGCCUGCCUAUGUUGCUGAGUUCAGCAAUUGUCAGUAUCACUGUUGAUGAUACCAAUGAUAACCCGCCAAUCUUCUCUCUUGAUGUCUACAAAGGCCUUGUUCAGGAAGGACGUAGGACAGGUAUUGAAAUUGUCACUGUCAGUGUCACAGAUGCCGACCUCCCUGAGAAUAGUGGCCCAUUCACCUACGAGAUUGUCAAUGGUAAUGAAAAUGGGGAAUUCCAUAUUGAUGACGGGGGUGUCAUCAGCACAGCUGGUAAAUUGUCUAAGAAGGUGCAGGAGAAAUAUUUACUGACCACCCGAGCUUUUGACAGUGGAAAGCCACCUCUUUAUUCAGAAGCAUUAGUGGAAAUUGAAGUAGUUGACGAAAGCAUGUACGCUCCGGAAAUUCAAGACCUCUCCGUCACAAUUAGAUCUUGUGUGGGCACUUUUCCUGGAGGUAUCUUUGGUCGCAUGCAGGCUUUAGAUCGAGAUCCUUAUGACAAGACCAUCUUCAGCAUAGUAACUCCAAACAGCCACUUUUUCGACAUCCAUCGCAAUGAUGGCCGUCUGAUUGCCUUGACUGGACUGGAUCCCGGAGAUUAUGUCGUCAAUGUCAGUGUAUCUGAUGGCAAGUUUACAAGCUAUGGCCGAAUGCUGGAGAAUUCUCUGACCAUCCAGUUCGAAAAUAUGGCAGAGGAGCAGUUUUAUGCAAACUUCAAGUCAGACUUCCAGAAGGUUCUCAAGCAAGACCUAGAUGUAAGGACAAAUGACAUUGAAAUCAUCAAUGUUCAGCCGUCAUCAGAAAGUAUAAUGGAGACCAGCCAAAAAGGCUCCAGGAAGUCUAACCGAGUCCGAAGGAGCACCAGUAACAACCUGGAUGUGCUCUUUGCUGUUCAUAGAUCCCCUGAUAGGUUUUACAACAAAAAGUCUCUGCUGAGAAAAAUGGAAAGGAUCCAGGGAAGGAUUGAGAGUGUGCUUGGGGCGAAAGUUGUAGAGAUAUUUAUUGAUACUUGUGAUGAGUCAUCCUGUGAUGUUGGUACUUGUGUUGGGAAAGUGCACUUUGAUGAGAGUACUUUAGUCCCUGUGAUUGUCAAUAGAGCAAGUUUUGUAUCGGCACGGCACCGCUACACAGAACAGUGCAUCUGUCUUGAAGGAAACUGCUCUGAACAAAUCUGUGGGAGCACCAAGUGCACAGCCAAUGAAGUCUGCCAGAAGAAUGUGUUUGGAGACUACGUCUGCCAGUGCCCAGAAGGCCGUACUGGAGAACUCUGUGAGAGUGCUGUACCUUUGUGCAGUGGUAGCAGUUGUCCCAUUGAGCGUCCAGUGACUUUCUCUGGCAAGAGUUAUGCCAAGUGGAAGCUCCAUCAUUCAACAAAGAAAAGGUUCUCACUAAGAUUCCGGCUUCGAACCAGGCAGACCUCAGCCACUCUCAUGUAUGCCAAAGGAAAAGUGGACUACAGUGUUCUAAAGAUUGAAAAAGGCAGUUUAGUGUACAAAUUCGACUGUGGAAGUGGAGAGGGUCAAGUUCGAAUCCCAGUUGACUUGAGUGAUGGACAGUGGCACCUGAUUCAGCUGGAGCGGCAUGGUCGAGAGGCAGAGCUGUCGCUGGACUCUGCGUACACUGCAAUAGGUUUGGUUCCUGGCAUCCAUGCCAUUCUCAAUGUGGACUCAGAGGAGAUCUUCUUUGGUGCUGAGAUAGAUGUUUUCCCCAAUGGUUACAGGGAUAUUAGUCAUGGCUUUGAGGGAUGUAUGGAAGACAUCCGAGUGUUCAACAUCCCUCUCCCAUUCACCGGAAGCAAUGAACUGGCCCAGGCUCUGGAGUUUGAAGCUGUAGAAUUCCAUUGCCAGGAUCUGCCUGUCAGACAUCUGCCUAGUGGAAAUGCCUGUAGCAGCAGCCCAUGCCUGAAUGGUGGUCGCUGCCAGGUCUCUGGGGCCAGCUCUUAUUUGUGUCUGUGUCCGGCCAGUUACAAGGGGUCCAACUGUGAGCUCGACCCUGAACCGUGUCGCAGCCAACCCUGUAGCAAUGGAAGUCAGUGUGAAGUGGACCUGGAGGUACCAAACAGUGUUGUGUGUCAGUGCAAGAAUCACUUGGCCGGAAUCAGGUGUACAUAUGGGAAAUUUUGUCGGCCCAACCCCUGCAAGCAGGGUGGGACAUGUGUGGAAGGUCCUACAGCUCCACUGUGUGAUUGUGCAACAGGAUACCAAGGCCUAUACUGUGAGCGAGUAUCUGACCGAUGCCUCUCUGCUCCUUGUCUGCAUGGUUCCACUUGCCACAACAUGGGUGGUGGAUCAUACAGCUGUAACUGCACAGCCGAGUACACAGGCAGAAACUGUGAGCUGCUGGCACUAGUCCCCGACAGUGUCACAUCAUCAGCAUCUAGUAUGUUUCAUGGGGUCAUAGCAACAGUAGUUAUCCUGGUAAUUGUUGUUGUUGUGGUUAUUGUGUUUCUGGUGUGGCGAAGACGGAAGCGAGAACGACAGAUGCACUCGAUGGCUGUAGGUUUACCAGACAGUGGCAGUGAAGGCCUGCUCAGCAAACGAUGUAAGCUGAGCAACCCGGACCUUUCUAUACCUCCACCUCCAGUACCAACACGACCAGCAUCUUACACCCCAAGCACCCAUGAUUCUCUGAACAUGCUCAAUAAUUUGGAUAGUAUAGGCAACUAUGGCAGUGCAGCAGAAGAACUGGAAAACACAGGUCUCCGGGGUCACAUUCCAGACUUUUACCAGUACCUGGAGUCUUAUCAGAACCUGUACCAGGCCAAUAACACACACCCGUUGCUAAGGGCAACACCUCCUCCUCCAGGGUCAAGAACGGCAUCCGAGUCAGAUUCCAUACAGAAAGCACCAUGGGAGUUUGAUUACCCAAACAUACUGGAGAACUAUAUGGAAGGUGACAAAAAACAGAAUGACAAGAUGGCCAAACAGAUGCCAGGCAUGCACUCUCCUCAUUCUUCCCCGGCAUUCAGUCAUACUGUUCUCAAAAGUCCUAGCCAGUUUGCAGACGUCCACUCUAUCAGUAGUUUAAACGAGUCGGAGGAUGACUUAAAUGCCUAUCACUGGGACACUUCCGACUGGGCUCCUGGUCCAUCUAUGCCAAACAUCUCCGAACUUCCAAUCAGUGACACUCCUCAUUCACCAUCAUCAUCUCAGCCCAGCGAUGACUGUAAUGCCAACGCGGAUAGCUUCCAUGACGAUGACAACGUCACUACCAGAGCUAUUUAUAACGGAGAUGAUGGUAGUCCUGUGAUGAGAUCUGACAGACAGAGGCAUAAUAAUAUUGACAGCAGACGUGUUCCUGAUAGAUAUGAUGAUGAUGAUGAUGAAAAUGUCAUUUCUCAUCUUAUCGUCAGUGACCAGGAUCAAGAUUAUUUUGAGGACUCUGAAUAUGUUGGAGAUUCAGAAUAUGCUGAAAGUGAGCCGUAUGUACGUGAUUAUUUCCCACCAGAUUAUGUGGAUGAUCCAAAGUAUGAGCAUGUUGUUCAUGACCUUGAUGAUCACUACAAGCUGCCAGGUAAUCUCAGCAUUCACCCAAAUCAGUACUUGCCAGAAUACAACUUUUCAAAUCAGGAUUUGGAUAGUGAUGUUCUAACGGAGGAUGAGAACAUGGCCGGCAGAGCACAGCCAAUGAUCUUCUCUCCCAGCCAUUUCUCAGCAGAACAGGACUAUCCUCCUUUACGACCUCCCAAAGAGUUCAUGACCCCGAGUCGCCAGGUAGAUAGCUUCGGCACAGACCUGGGUCCGCCAUCUCGCUGCUCGUUUAUUGAUGACAUGAGCAUGUCACUUGGGGGCAUGGCAUCGAACACGUCAUACUCGGACAUAUCAGGCCUGUGUGAGAUUGUAGACAGUGAGAUGAGUGCAAAUGACACAGACGAUGAGAACACUCCUUGCUUGACCCAGCUUCAGACUCAGGUUUAG